AGACAGUGUAGGCAAGAUGACGUCAGUAAUUACAGUACAAUUAGGAAACGUCAGACGUUACAGUUGUGUAGUUUGACAGGCUGUCAGCCAGGGUGCACAGAAGGCUAGUUAGCGAUCUGCUGUUAACAUCUUGUGUAUCCAAACCGGCUACACUGGUUAGCAGUUUUACCGUGUAUGAAGCUUGUCUAGUAGAACCAAUUCUAAAGAACACUAUGAAGAAGCUCUGAUUUGACACCAGUGCCGCCAAUAUUCUUCGUGGCAAAUCCAAAACUUGCUAAGAAAUCGAGAAUCAUCAGACCAGGCAACAUUCUUCCAGUUUUCAACUGUCCAAUUCUGACUGUAAGCUGAGAUGGAAACUGGAGAGCAAGUUGGAAUGGAGGCUCUCCCCUUCUGCUGCUCUCCCUGUGAUGGUGGGGAGACCCCUGCCCGUGGCAUGGCAAUCCGCACCAGAAAGAACCGCAGCCUAAGCACUUCGUCUGCCACUGCUGGUGACUACAGGAGAAAUCAGUCUCUGCAUGGACCAAGUCCUGUGACCACUUUUGGACCAAAAGCAUGUAUGCUGCAGAAUCCACAGGCAGUCAUGCACAUUCAGGAUCCAGCCAGUCAGAGACUGACAUGGAACAAGCCUCCCAAAAGUGUCCUUGUCAUCAAGAAGAUCCAAGAUGCCAGUCUUUUGCAGCCUUUCAAAGAGCUCUGUGUGUUCCUCACUGAGCAUAAAAACAUGAUUGUUUACGUAGAGAAGAAGGUUCUGGCAGACCCAGCCAUUGCGGGCGAUGAGAGCUUUGGGACCAUCAUCCAGAAGUUCUGUACCUUCAGAGAAGAUCUUGAUGACAUUUCCAAUCGAGUGGACUUCAUCAUCUGUCUUGGAGGUGAUGGGACCUUACUUUAUGCAUCUUCACUCUUCCAGGAGAGUGUUCCGCCUGUUAUGGCCUUUCACCUGGGUUCUCUCGGCUUCCUCACGCCAUUCAGCUUUGAAACGUACCAAUCUCAGGUCACCCAAAUCAUUGAGGGUAACACGGCCAUCAUCCUGCGCAGUCGCCUACGGGUGCGAGUAGUGAAGGAAAGCCGAGAGAAGAAGGCACGGGUGGAUGAAAAAGGCAUCCUCAUCAUGAGCAACGGAGACAGCGAGGGCAGCCGCAAAGCUUUGCAGUACCAGGUGCUAAAUGAGGUGGUGGUGGACAGAGGUCCGUCCUCAUACCUUUCCAAUGUUGACCUCUUCUUAGACGGACACCUCAUCACCACAGUACAGGGAGAUGGUGUGAUAGUGUCCACUCCCACGGGCAGCACAGCUUAUGCAGUGGCAGCCGGAGCCUCCAUGAUCCACCCGAAUGUGCCGGCCAUCAUGAUCACCCCCAUCUGCCCCCACUCACUGUCUUUCAGACCCAUAGUGGUGCCAGCUGGGGUGGAGCUUAAGAUUAUGCUGUCACGGGAGGCCAGGAAUACAGCCUGGGUGUCAUUUGAUGGGAGGAAAAGACAAGAGAUCUGCCAUGGAGACAGCAUUACCAUUACUACUUCCUGCUUCCCUGUUCCCUCAAUUUGUUUCCGAGACCCUGUGAAUGACUGGUUCGAGAGCCUGGCCCAAUGUUUACACUGGAACGUAAGGAAGAAGCAGAACUACCUCAGCUCUGAGGAAGACGAGUUCUGAGGCCAAAAAUCUCGCUUUCUAGUGAAAUUCUCAUAGUAUACCUUUCCAGGGUGCGUUCCAGUUGAAUUCUAUCAGGUCAAUUUCCAACCAACAUACUCUGUAAAUGAUUGGUAUUAGUUUGUUUUGGUUCAUCAUCCUUUACUGUUAACAAUGUCACACCCUUUUAAAAAAACGUGAUCGAAGUGGCCUUUUUAUGCCAGCCCUCAAAUGUUUCACAAGUCAUUCAGAGCUACAGAUCAAAACCAUGAUAGCAAUCUUCGCAAUACGAUUGUUUCAGCUGACCCCUUUGACAUAAUGGGAUCUGUUUUAGCACUUUGUCCAGUGUUGAUUGGAAUGUACAGGCUGUCAGGGACAAAACUCUGCUCCUUUUAAACCAUGAAUACUCUUUUGUUUAGGUCAGAAGACAGGAAUGCGGAGGGGCUCUCAAGCUCCUUAACAUACAACACGUACUGCGUAUCAGAAAUAUUGAUAGUGGGGACGUUCAUCAUCAUGAACCAUGAUUCUUAGGGAUAAUACGUUGAUAUAAUUUUUUUGUAAUGACUAAAACCAAGUUUAAUAUUGUCCCUAACUGAAAAUUAGGUAUUAUUACUUCAGGAAUAGCAGAGGAAUUCCGUAUACUCAGCAAUAAUGAACUAAAUGUAUAGAUUGUGCCUUGAACAUUAGAUAGAUCAUAAUAGCUUUUAUAUUUUCAUCAUAUUUCAUCUUAGUGCAGGUGUAGCAUAAACAGAUCUUCAGUAGUCUUCUCUCUGCAGUUUGUCUGCAGGACAAGCCAUGUGAGAAGCUUGAUAUGUUAACUGUACAUUAAUGUUGCAUAUCUUAAUUUUUCCUUUUCUACCACGUCGUGUCUGACCUUGUGAAUUACCAAAAGAGUAUGAACCAAACAUUAAAAACUGAAGUCCAUUCCAGGUGAAAGGAGACAUGUAAAUGUCUUCAUAGCCUUUUACUAUAAAGCCAUAGAUCUACUAUGUCAUUAAUUUGGGUCAACAUUCUAUUGUAAUACCAUUGUUCAAAAUCAAAGCGAUUAAUAUUCAACAGGGUUUUACUCCCCAAGGGUCAGGGUGCUUUUUGAUAAAAACAUCUUUAGAUUUGGGAAGACAAGUAGGUGGUUUUUUAUCAAUUAUGUUGAAUAAUUAGAUCAGUUAUUGAGAUUGAGUCAUGGCUGGUGUAGUGCCUGGAGAAUUUGAACCCUGCUGUGCCUUUGGCACUCAAAGACCAGGGUUUCCCCAGCCCUGUCCUAUGGUGUCAGACUGUUAUUGUUAAAUGCUGGGAAAUUGAAGGAAUUUAGCUGCUACCAGUUCUAGGCAGUAGCCUGCCUUACCAGAUAAGACUGCAAUACUCACCUGUCUGAUAAACUCUGAAAUAUUAUUUACAUUUAUUUAGCAGAUGCUGUUAUCCAGAGCGAUAAACAGUCAUGCGUAUUUGCACUGGCACCCCAUGGGAAUUGAACCCAGAACCCCUGGUGCCAUGCUCUACCAACUGAGCUACACACUGGACAACAUACAGGCUGCAUAAUAUGGUGUGAGGGGUUUUCUUCAUUCUUAUGGAAAACAAGUGAUAUUGUGUAUGAAUGUACCAGGUACUAUGUGCUUGUUUAAUGGGCAAGUGAUAUUUCCUCCUAUGGAAAAAUAUUUCUACGCAGUGGAUGCAAGGGAACCAGACCCUGCAAGAGGACCAGUUAAAUCUAGUAAAUCUAUCAUUCCUUUAUUUUCAUGAUGCUUGAUAAUGUUUAUUAACCAGUUUACAGUAUCAUUGCUACCUUUUUGUACAUUGAUAUUAUGUAUAUGAUUAGUUUAGUACAAGUCAGCUUCACUACAUUAUUUAUUUUUUCAAAGUAGAAAAACAGAAAUGUCCUUAUACAAUGGAAUUUGUAGUGGAGUCUGUUCAAGUUUUAAUAACAGUCCUUUCACUUGAGGGGAUGUUGUUUGGAAAGGAUACAUUUAAAAUAAAUCUGUUUCUCUUUAUAUACUACUAUAGUUACUAUACUACUCUUUUCAGAGAGUACAGUGCAUCCCCUCUUAAAGUAAACGCAGUCGGGACUUAAUCUGUUGGCUGGUUUUUAAGGCUUUAAGACCCAUGACUGUUACAUUGAAAUCAUGAGAAACAUUGGCUUCCCCGGUGUGAUAUCUUUAUGGGUCUUUUUGGAUGAAGGACCUUAUUCCUAUGAUGUUUCUAUGUCAAUUCAUCUCUUCAAGUGCUUAUCACUUUUAACUUUGUUUUGUAGACAUUCUAUAGCCUAUACAUACCCAUUUUGUAAUUUUACAUUUUUUAAAUAUUGUUUCUGAAACAAAUUAUGCUAUAUUUCCAGAGCACUUUAAUAAACAAUUUUCAAUUUA